AUGGUCUCCGGGCGUGAGCUGGUGGCUCCGCACUUGCCCAUCCACGGGCGCGGAACCUGGUUGGUGAAGGCCGUUCUUCUCCAUCCUGCCGUCCGCAAGGUCUUGGGGCUUUGGAGGCUCUGGUGCGGAGCCGCCGUGCUGCUUUUCCUGGCGGAGAAAGCCCGGAAGAGAAGGCAACAGCAGCAGCCGUUCGCCAAAGCGUUGCCUGCGUCUGUGCCUGCUCCGGGUGCCGCCGUCCCACGCCAGCGGCCACGCUUUGUCGAACUCCUCCGCCCCCGCGCAGGGGGCUUCUUCUCCGCCGGCCCCGAGAUCUCCACGCUGGUGGUGGCCUCCGGGCUCAACGCCUGGCUCAUGCUCUACAAGGCCUGGCUCAUGCGCGAAUUCGUCAUUGGCCAAAACCUGGGGCAUUGGCGCAGGUGGCUGAAGGCGCUUGCCAAGUUCCCCUUUGCGAUCUUGGCGAGCGCCCUUCUGUCUCAGACCACCAAGUACAUGCAGGCGCGAGUGGGGAUUCUUUGGCGCCGGACAGCAACCCGCCGGCUGCUGCAGAGCUACUUCUCCGACAUGAACUACUACAAGCUGUCGCAGCACGGGUCGGCCCGAAUUGAGGACCCUGACAUCCGCAUCUGCUCCGACGUGAGGUCGGGCUGUGAGGCGCUGACAGGAGUGCUCAUUAGCGGGCUGUCGGGCGUGACCAUGUCGCUCUUCUCCAGCUGGGCCCUAUACCGGCGCCGGGGCCUCUUUGCCGUGUUCCUGCCGUACCUCUACAGCUUCUUCAUCGUGCCGCUCAGCUACAGGUUGACAAGCCCGGACUGGAGCGUGGCAAUGCAGGUGUACAAGGCAGAUGGCGCCUACCAGCAGGCCUUGACUCGGGUGCAGCAGGCGGGAGAGAGCGUAGCCAUGCUAAAGGGCGAGGACUUUGAGAAGGACGUCCUGGACUACGCGGCCGGCCAGCGCGCCGCUGCGGAGCGGCGCAGCUGGGCAACCAUGGCAUGCUUCGAGUGGUUUCAGCACUACAUCUCAAAUCCCGCCAUGCCCGGCAUGUGGCAGAGCAUUGCCUCAUUUGGCGCCGCCUUCAUCGCCAUGCGCGCCUACGGCCCGGGAAGACCGGUCCUUGACCCCCGGGUGCCCAACGAGGCGGUCGUGUUAGAGUAUGGCGCCAACAUCAGCGACUUCUGGCAGGUCUUCUAUGCCGUAAGAGGGGCGGUGACCUUCAUGAUGGCGAUGGAGACGUACAAGAGGUCGCAGCAGAACCUCUUCAGGGUCGAGGAGCUCCAGGCGGCCUUCAGCACUCUCGCAUCGGAGGAGGCGGAGGCCGCGACCUUCAACGAGGGCCCCGCUAUUGCGUUCGAGGAUGUGUCCAUCGUGACGCCCACGGGCAUCCCUCUUCUCGCUGGCCUCACGUUCAAGGUUGAGCCUGGUAGGCACCUGGUGAUUUGCGGCCACAAUGGCGCCGGCAAGUCCUCCAUCUUCCGUUGCCUCGGAGGCUUGUGGCCUGUGGCCAAGGGGACCAUCACCUGCCCCUCCGCCUUCGCGCGGGGCCUGCACGGUGAUGUCUACUACCUCCCCCAGCGGCCGGUGAACAUCCUGGGCACGCUCUCGGACCAACUGACGUACCCCACGCGGGUUUCCGGGGGCCUCCCUGUAGAGGAGCUGAGGCGCUGGCUGGGCUACGUCGGCAUGGCCGAUUUUGUGGAUGCUGCGGUCGGCGGCCGAGUUGCCGUGCUGCCUGCUGUCGUUGAGCGAGCAGCAGCGUUUGGGAAUCGCACGGGUCCUCUACCAUCGCCCCCGCUUCGCCAUCCUCGACGAGUGCACGUCGGCGGUCUCCAAGGACCUCGAGCACUGGCUGUUCCACGCCCGAUGGCAUUCCUCUAUGACAAGGGGGAGGGCGUGAGGGAAAGGAUUGCUGGUGGAAGCCUUGCCUGGAUUGCGCACUUGAUCCAUUCAGCGACGAAAUACGAAAACGGGAAAGCGCGGUUGCUCUUCGCAGCUGAUCUGAUGAAGUACCUGGUCCAAAGCAUGCUAGCUCUAAGAAUUUCAGGCGUCUACGACGCUGAUGACAAGUACUCAUCCGCACAGACCAUCGAUGAGUGCGUUCGCAGAGUUAGCAUGGCGUCGCAGGAACGCAUGAUUUUAAAUUAUGAGUUUGCUCUUUUCCUGUGCGUUCUCGUGCUCCCUUUCUAA